AUCAAGCUCCGCCACCUCUGCCAAGCCGAGCCGGCAACCGAGGGCACGGAGCCGCGGCGCCGCACAACGCCUCGCCCCGCUCCGCUCCGCCACAGCCCUGCCCGCCGCCAGCCGCAGGCCCGCCCCGGCGGGACGCGCGGCCCCUCAGCGGCCCCGGAGCGGCUGCGCCUGCGCACCCCGCCCUGGCCCAGCGCGUGGGCUACGCGGCCCUGACGGCCGCCCGGAGCCGCCGCCUGGUCGCGGGGCGCGGUGACGGGCGGCGCGGGGAUGGCGGCGGCGGGCGGUGCCGAGGCCGGGGGUGCCGAGGCGCGGCAGGCGGUGUCAGCGCUGCGGCCGCGGCUGGUGGCCCUGGGCCGGCGACUGGCGGUGCCCCGGGGAGCGGGAGGCGACGAUACCUUCUUAGCGAAGGGCUCUGCUACUCUGGACAAACUGAAGGACCUUUGUAACGAAGGGAAAGAACAUCCUUCCACGCUUUGGCAGUUUUAUGCGCAGGCUGUCCUAGACAUUACAUAUUUUGAGGAAAACCAGCUUGUGAAUGAAGAUUUUCCAGAAGAAUCUUCCUUGCAAAAAGUUAAAGAACUUAUUUGUAUUCUUUCAGAACCAGAAGAUCUAGUGAGGGAAUGCAACAUAAACGAAAAACCCAUCAACAUCCUCGGUGCAGAGUUACUAGAAUGUCUUUACUGGAGAAAAGGAGCCUUGCUUUACAUGUAUUGCCAUACAGCAAGAGAAAGGAGUAGAUGGCUACGAGAAAACAUUGCCGUAUUUAAACAGUGUCUUAAUGAUGGAGUUCAUUACUUGAUGAAGAUGCUAAGCUUUAGAUGCCCUCUUCAGCUAAAUGAAGAUGUCUCACUUCAAGAUAAAGACACAGCUAGAUUACUCAGUGAAGGUAUAUUUAGUGACACUCACUUACUGGCGAUGAUGUACAGUGGAGAAAUGUGCUACUGGGGACUGCGACACUGUGGGAAUGGGAAACAGGAAAGCCUUGAGACGACAGAUCCUGUCUCUAACAGUGACCUGGCCUGCAGAUCACAGAGCGUGCCGCUGGAUUUCCGAGAAACAGGCAAAAACAUGUUAACAAAAUAUGUGGCUGUAUGUGAGGGACCUUUAAAAGACCAAGGGUGGAACACAGCAACUGCAAAACACAUGUUGUGUUACUUCAUGAAAUCUCAGAACUGAAAUGUGCUGCUUUGGCUGUGCUGGAAGAAGCCUUGUGUCUGAAGAGCACGCUAAGGGACGUGAUCUCUGCUUCUGUGUUUGACCGUUCGUUCUAUCAAAAUCUAUACAUUUGUUGCAUUAAAAAACUGCAGUACAGGUCCAAAGUUUGAACAAGUAUUUCUAGGAGAAAAAACAUUGCGUAAUAAACCGGGACAGAAGGAUGACUGCCUGCCUUCCACGGUGGCAGAGCUGCCUGUGCCUCAGCCCCGCUCCUGCGCACUAGUUCCGAGGGGGCGGUGGCGGAGCUCGGUGACAUGGCGACCAGCGGAGCGGAGGAGCGGGGCGGUUUGGAAGCUGCCGUGCGGGGUGGUCUGCCGCUCCCGGGUGCCGCUGAGGAGCUGGACCCCCUGCAGGCGCUGCCGGUGAGUGGGGACCUGGUCUGGGCUGGAAGGAGGGGGUUAAACACACUAUCCCCACCUCUUACAUCUUCACCGCUCAAUUCCUGUGUGGUUAAACCUCGGCUUUCAACGCUUUUCAGAUCGAUGUGCAGCUGAAUAUCAUGUCCUUCCUCUCAGCCCAAGAUGUGUGCCGUUUGGGAAGCACGAGUUGUUACUGGAGGGCAGCUGUGCAAGAUCCGUUGUUGUGGAGGUAUUUUCUCCUGAGGGAUCUCCCUUUUUGGACAUCUGUUGAUUGGAAAUCACUCCCAGAUGUGGAGAUUUUUAAUAAAGCCUUUUCAGAGGUCAGCGAUAAUGCACUGCACAAUUACAUGGCAGUGUAAGUAUUUUCAUAUUCUCUUACAUGACUUCCAGUGUCUCUGCAACAGUGAUAUUCAUCCCACAGGCGUGUUUCAUAUUUACAGCAGUAAAGCCGUGCUGUGAGAUGCUGCUUAAAUUUUAUGUGUCUCAAACUCAUUGUUCAUUUCAGAAAUACAGUUUCCUGUUGUUGGACAGUUUGGUCAGCUCUUUCUGUUUGGAAUUUAAUAAGAAUAUAAAAUGUAAAAAAAUCAAAGCUAACAUUGUAAAAAAAAGUAAAGCUUUUUGUAAAAUAUGUGUCCUGUGCAACAGAAAUGCAGUUGUCUCAGAAGCUGUGCACACUGUGUUUGUCACUCUCAGUACAAUGACAAAUGAUUUCUUAUUUUAAUAAAAGUAAUAAGUCUUCGAACUACAGAAAA